AUGGCGGAGUGGUGCAACCAACAAGGGACCGGCGUAGGCCUAGGCAAGUCCAAAAAGGGAGAAGGCCGGAUCAAAGAACAGUGCGAGGAGCCAAAAUUUACUUUCGAAUUUCUAGGAUUUUUUUACGAUGAACUAACGUUCUCGUUUGAAUUUCCAGGAUUUUUUACAAGGAACCCAUUUUUUCGUUCGAGUUUCCGGAAUAUGUCGAUGAGGGGGCCCAAUUUUCAGUUUGAAUUCCCAAGAUAUUUUAAGGACAUGAAGGCCACCGAGUACGUGAAGGAGUCGACGCGUUAUGAAAGUCCGCCUAUUUCCGACAAUGACACAUUCGCGGGCAUUGAAGUAAUCGAGGUGACCGAGGACAAGGUAAUCGAUGCUGAGAGUGAGGUCUUGGUGGAGGCCGAAGGAAUUCAAGUCCAGCUUAUAGAAGCCGAGGGGGUCGAAGUAGAAGAUGUGGUCGACGAGGUCAAGGAGGAGACUUUGGUCGCGGUCGAAGUGGGCCAUGAUAAGGCAACGCACUGCAGACAGUGCCUCGUCGCAGUGGGAGGGUUUCUCAUUUACCCGACCGAUGGAUAG